AUGAUCACCUAUGCCACUGAGACAUACAUGUUUCAGGCUUUAUAUAAUUCGAAAUUUGUUCUGGACUUGUUCUGUAAGGAGGUUUGCCUUUGGAUUGUAACGGAUGGUGCUCGUGAUAGAUUUUGCUGGCUAGAAAUCCAUGGCUUACAUUUAGUUGCAUGGACUGUAAAAUGUCUUACUAGAAUUGUGUCUCCUCUAAGAAGCAUGGUUGAAGGAGAGACCGAGAUAGAAGAUGAUGAUGUGGUUGCUACGGUGGGUUAUGAUGAGGCAGUUGAUGUGGAAUAUAAGCAAGAUGACAUUGGUCUAAUCAUAUCUGAGUGCGCAGGACUAUUAAAGCAAGCCUUUGUUGUUGACACAAAUUCAAAUUUAAAUUGGCUGAAUGAUAGCAUACGGUUUCCUGAGUUAAUUACGGCUAUUCAAUGCAAUAAAACGCCGCAGCAGGCAAAGUUCCUAGAAGUUUGUAGUUUGGGUGAAAGUUUGGACGGUUUGGACCCUGUUUGUAAUGGGGCAAGGUUGGAGCCUACUAGGUUAUUGGACUCAUCUUGUGAUGGGCCAACAAUAGUUGAUCAUUACUACUCCAGUUCUAUAUUGCCUAGAAGAGUCCAAACUGAUGUCACGCACAAAGACAAGGUUGCGCUUUUCUCUUCCCACAUUCAAUGCUGUCCGGGCUUCUUUCUAAAUAGGAAAUACCGUAGGGUUAAAACACUGAACCUUAGAGACAGCAGUGUGGAUAGCGAUGGAAAGUGCAGCGUGGAAUCAAUGGAUUCAUGUAUUUUGAAUGUAAACACACGUCUCCUGCACUCAAAAUUCCAAAACAUCAACGUUCAAGAAGCUGAUAGUCUAGACAGUCCUCUUAACUCAAACAAAGUGAGAACUGAGACGGUCUUGGUUCUUUCUGAGGGUAGGUCUGGUGGUACGAUUGUGACGUGGAAUGAAUAA